UAGGCUGUGGAGGAGGUAGAGGUGGAGGAGACAAGAGGGGGGCUGAACAGGGAGGCUUGGAGAAACAAAAGGAAACCAGCUGCAGAACUUCCUGAGGAGAGGGAGAGGAUUAUUUAAUUUUUUUUAAAAAAGGAAAAAAAAAAAGUAGGAAAAGGAGGUUUAGCAGCCAGGAUCUGUGAGCCUGCCCUGAGAUCAACCUCUCCCACAAUGACCAGUGCGAUCCUGAGGAGGAAUUCCAGCAAACAAGGGUUACAGAACCUCAUAAGGCUGACAGCACAGUGGAGUGUGGAGGAUGAGGAGGAGGCAGCGAGAGAGCGGCGUAGAAGGGAACGGGAGAAACAGCAGCGGUCCCAGGCAGAAGAUGGUUUGAACAACACCAACUCCUUCUCAGAGAGUGGGCUGUCAGCCCAGGAAAACCAGUUUGACUUUAAGCCUUCAGGGACCUCAGAGCUGGAAGAGGAUGAGGGGUUCAGCGACUGGUCUCAGAAGCUCGAGCAGCGCAAACAGAGGUGGGCUGCAGAGGGGACACAAGAGGGGGAGCGAACAUCCCCCAGGGAAUGGACACAGGCCCAGGAAGCAGAACCUACUUGCAGAGAAGAAAGGUCUCCAAGACACUCCUAUGAGGAAGAGGACAGUGGUCUGAGGGAAGCUGAAGUCAAGCUGGAGCAGGUCCAGCUGAAUCAGGAGGCCCCGGAGGAGAUUCCUGGGGAAAACGAGGAGAUGAGGCAGGAGCCACUGGAGACGGAGGAGCCUCAGCAACUUUUUGAGGAAGAAUGCAUUCAAGAGCAGAAGCAAGAAGAAGAGGAGGAGGAGAAAGCUGGGCAGGAGGAGAAAAAGAGGAGAAGGAAUGAGGAGGAGGAGACACCAGAAAAACGCCAGAAAGCACCGAGCACCUCCAGCGUGGAAGGGGAAGAGGAUGAACAAUGUGAUGGCCAGUCCCCAACGAGUUCCACAACAAUCAUCGAUCGAACUGAAUCCCUGAACCGCUCCAUAAAGAAAAGCAACAGUGUGAAGAAGACUCAGCCACUACUUCCUGUUUCCAAGAUUGAUGACAGACUGGAGCAGUACACUCAUGCCAUCGAGACAUCCGAGAAGGUUCAGAAACUCGUCCGACAAUCUUCCCUUGAACUUGCCACCACAAGCAUGGUUGUAGCCAGCACAAAAAGCCUCUGGGAGACUGGAGAGGUUGCAGCUCAAUCCUCUGUUAAGUCACCAUCCUGUAAGGAUAUUGUGGCUGGAGAUAUUGUGAAUAAGCGAAGCAUGUGGGAACAGAAGGGUACCCCCAAAAAUGAAGGCAACAUCAAGACCACCGCUUCUGGCAAGAAGUACAAGUUUGUAGCGACUGGACAUGGCCAGUACAAGAAGGUGUUGAUAGAUGAUGCAACAGAGCAAUAGCGUGUGUGGAGUACCAAUCAACCAGCGGAGUUUGGUCCUGGCUAGAUGCAACCCUGUACUCAACGCUGAUGCUUCCUCUGCUAUAAGGGAGAUCACUGAAGGAUGUCUUUCUCCCAGUCCCUGGUGGCUAACUUCUCUCUGCUCCAGAACAGCCUGGCUGUAUCCUCGGGUGGGAGCAUCACCCCACGCUGCUUUCAUGAGGAUGAAAGGAACAUAAUCAGCUGGCUAUUGUUCCUCAUUUUAACUUUCUAAAUGACUCUUUACUGUUUUGUAUUUGGCUCCUCUGGGCCCUUCUGUUUCCAUGCUGGAGAUGGGAGGCCAUUACUUUGGCCCUCUCUAAUCUCUCAAACAUACAAAGAGAAGGAUCUUCCAAUUUGCUUAAUCAAGCAGGGGGUAGAAGGUGUCUCAAUAACCAAUGAGAAACCUUCAGCUACUUCCUCUUUGGAAAUAGGAGGGAUAAAGCUGAACAGAAAAAGAUUAAUGGGUACGGUGGUGAAGCAGGGGAAUGCUCAACAGAGGAGGCUAGUGGACUGAUUCUUAGAACCACCUCUACUCAGGCCUCUAAUCCGGUGGAGCCACAACUGUAUUGGCAAUCUAGACCAUGUCGUGUAUAUUAAAGAACCACCAUGUUCUUCUGUAAGUGGGGAAAACUUACCCCGUUUGUUUUUCCAUCUCUUCACCUGUGCCUCUUCUGCUGUGAACUUUAAUAUGAGGUGGGGAAAACCUAUGACUGACCCUCUCCUCUGCCUUUGUGUGGAUGUCCAGGCCAAGAUAGUCUAUUCCAGUUGAAUACAAGAUUCCAAUCCAGACUUCUCUAAUUCUACAGAUGUUUCCAUACUGAGGUGGUCCCUUCACCUGUCAAUCACAAUGCCAGUCUCUUCCAGACUGAUUGUCCCAUGUGAACAGUGGUAGCUCAG